AAUAAUAAUAAUAAAUGAAUCUGAAUGGGAACGGGGAUGGGAUGGGAUCAUUGUUGUCCAACUCCAUCAUAUUCCUAAAACGGCGUCGUCCGCACCGCCCCCUAUCCUCGUCGCCGUCGCCGUCGCCGUCCCCGUCCCCGUCGCCUCCUCCCCCUGCCUGCCUACGCUCCACCUAACCAAAAUUCUCUCCCUAGAUCUCGAACGAGCGAACGAGCGAACGAACGAACGAACGCUAGAUCUAACCUCUCCAUGGACGACGACGACGAAAUCCGGUCCCACAAUUCUCCCUCUCCUCCCAACGGCAGGAUCACCGUCACCGUUGCUGCCGCCCCGCCCCCUUCUUCCAACUCCCUCACUCUAGCUCUUCCGAUUCAGCACCACAAAGCCUCCUCUGGCUCUGGCUCCGGCUCCGGCUCCGGCUCCCGAGAGGAUUGCUGGAGCGAAGGCGCCACCGCUGUCUUGAUCGACGCUUGGGGUGAACGGUACUUGGAGCUCAGCCGGGGAAAUCUCAAGCAGAAGCACUGGAAAGAAGUUGCUGACAUCGUCAGCUCUCGCGAGGAUUACUCCAAAACCCCCAAAACCGACAUCCAGUGCAAAAAUCGAAUCGACACCGUCAAGAAAAAGUACAAGGUUGAGAAGGCCAAGGUUGCAUCUGGUGGCGGGCCCAGUACCUGGAAGUUUUUCGACAAGCUCGAUGAAUUGAUCGGCCCUUCCGCUAAGAUAAGCUCUUCUUCCACCCCGCCUAUCGAUUCUAUUACUAUUAGUAGUAGUAGUAUGUAUCCCAGGGCGGUGGUCCCUAUGGGGAUUCCUGUCGGGCUUAGGUCUUCCUCCGCCCCGCCGGAGAGGCUGCAACAGCCCCAGAAGCCCAACAACCACCGGAAACGCAACCUUGCCGACUCUGACGGGGAGUCUGAACCAGAUAAUUCUGCCGAUUCCUCUGAUGGUUUGCCUCCGGAAAACUACAAGAGACCAAUGAUUGAGAGGGAAGCCCGGGCGGUGAAUAAAGCAGCUGCUGUGGUGAGGCUGAAAAGAGCAGGUGAUGGAGGCGGAGGCGGAGGAGGAAAUGUUAAGGAGGAGAGCAACUGGAGGAAUUCCAUGAGGGAGCUGACUUGUGCGAUCUUGAAAUUUGGUGAGGUGUAUGAGCAAGCCGAGACUGCAAAGCUGCAACAGUUGGUGGAGAUAGAGAAGCAGAGGAUGAAGUUUGCCAAGGAACUGGAGCUGCAGAGGAUGCAGUACUUCAUGAAGACGCAGCUCGAGCUUUCGCAGCUGAAGAAUGGGAGGAGGAGGAGGCAUGGGAGUGACAAUAACCAUCACCAGAUCAACAAUGACAAUGAUGCCGCUGCCGCUGCCACCAAGGAUGAUGAUAAUAACAACCACCGCAACAAAAACAACACCACCACCACCAACAACAAUAACAAUCACAAUAAUAGUGAUAGCAGUGCUUGAGAGUGUAAUGUGUAUCAAGAAAUAG